ACGCGGAGUGUGUUGCCUGGUGACGCCGAAGCCGAGUUCGCUGUUUCCUGCAACCUCUGUCACCCGAAACAAGUUUCAAACAGACAAAUCACCGUCGAUGCAUUGAGGAUAACGCGCUCACUUUACUCGCACUCCUGUGGAGGGGCUUAAACACUCGCUAUGUGAUACAGAGAGCAUCUCCGGAAGAGGAUCAUGGACAGUUACUUGUUCGUUCGAGUUGUGGGGAAGGGGAGCUACGGAGAGGUGAACCUGGUCAGACACAAAUCAGACCGUAAACAGUAUGUGAUCAAGAAGCUGAACCUGAGAACAUCCUCCAGACGUGAACGGCGAGCCGCGGAGCAAGAGGCACAGCUCCUCUCUCAGCUCAAGCAUCCCAACAUAGUCACAUACCGGGAAUCGUGGGAAGGCGAGGACUGCCAGCUGUACAUCGUGAUGGGUUUCUGUGAGGGAGGAGAUCUGUACCACAGACUCAAGCUGCAGAAGGGAGAACUGCUGCCCGAGAGACAGGUGGUGGAGUGGUUUGUUCAGAUAGCCAUGGCCCUUCAGUAUUUACACGAGAAGCACAUCCUGCAUCGAGAUCUGAAAACACAGAAUAUUUUCUUGACCAAAACCAAUAUAAUCAAAGUGGGCGAUCUGGGCAUCGCACGGGUCUUGGAGAACCAGAACGACAUGGCCAGCACUCUGAUCGGCACACCGUACUACAUGAGUCCAGAACUCUUCUCCAACAAACCUUACAACUACAAGUCGGACAUAUGGGCUCUGGGAUGUUGUGUGUACGAGAUGGCGACUCUAAAACACGCCUUCAACGCAAAAGACAUGAACUCUCUCGUCUAUCGGAUCGUCGAAGGGAAGCUGCCCCAGAUGCCGAGUAAGUACGACCCCCAGCUGGGAGACCUGAUAAAGCGGAUGCUGUGUAAGAGACCAGAGGACAGGCCGGACGUCAAACACAUCCUCCGACAGCCGUAUAUCAAACACCAGAUCUCCAUGUUCCUGGAGGCCACUAAAGAGAAAACUGCCAAAUCACGGAAAAAUGCAACGAACAGCAAACCCAGUGCCGGAUCAGAUGGCUCAACCAAACCAAAUCAUGAAGUCCAGCCUCAGUGUUUGAACUCUGAGUCAAAGACCAGAAGAAGAAAGGUUGAAGAAAAUAACUUGAACCGACAACAACUCUGUAACGGUGCAGUGGAAAAUGUGGUUCCUGACCCACCCUUGCCCCCCAAAUCUCCCAAUCGGGACAUUCUUAACUCAACAGGCCAAUCUUUAGCCACUAUUAGCGAUAUUGACAUUGAAAUCCAAUCCCAGAAACAAAGAAAAGCCAAGCCACCACAGCCAAAGCCCAUCAGCCAUCAAAACCACAAGCCUCCAUCUGUGAGCAUGAAGAAAGAGACACACCCUCGGGAACAAGAGUCGGAGGAGAAGAUGUCAUUGAGAUCUGAAAGCUCAAACACUCCCAAACCUGCAGAUCGAACCAAAAACAAGGCUCUCGAAGCAAGUAUGGAUCUCAAAGACGACACCAUGAAGCUCCUGCAGGACCUCCCGUACGAGCCCCCUGAACAACAUCUCAGUGCUGAGAGAAAGCCCGACAGCCGAAGAAGCUCAGCUGAUGAUGCCUGUGUCAUACAGGAUGGUCCCGCGGGAAGUUCAACUGAGGAGAGCGAGGGAAGUUUAGACUCCACAGAGAAACUACUCAAGCCUGUUCCUGUCAUUUUAAUGGAGCCAUGCAUUUCCGAGUCCACGGCGCUCUCGGAGGAAAGCAGAGCCGCUCUUCCUCCUCCUCCUUCCUCUUCCUCCGAACCGUCCCUGUCACGUCAGCGCCGGCAGAGGAAGAAGGACACGUCUCUGCAAGAGCACAACACUCAUCAAGUCAAAGCCGUGCCCAGACCUCUGCCGCCUCUUCCUGAAGAUAUCCCAUCAGUAAACCGUGCACAGGAAGCCCAGAGUAACUCCGAGAACAACAGGCCUACCGAUCUCUCAUCCAGGAACGCUCCAGAACAGCAGAAUCGUCCACUGUCUGCUCGGGAAAGGAGAAGACUGAAGCAAUUACAGGAGAACUCCAGACAGCAAGCAGUGUCCGCUGUCAGAAGGGCAUCUUGUGACGUCCCCUCAUUAGACCGUAAGCAGACAGAUGAGCUACACUACCCGAGACCUGCCAGCACAACCAUGGAAACAAAAAAGGAGAGGAAGUCUGAUGAAGACGAGUGUAGUUCCUCCACCAGCUCCACUGAACGCUCAGAGGGGGACUACAGAGAACGAAAGUGUGAGACCAGUGAGAUGCAAGACUUGGUUCAAAUGAUGACUCAGACGUUACACAUGGAUGCCAGAGAUGUAUCCCUGCCUGAGUUCAAACUAAACAGGAAGUACAGGGACACCCUGAUGCUUCAUGGGAAAUCCAGAGAGGGGCAGGGGGAUUUCCAAAUCAGUGGCUUCCCGUUAGAUGACAGCACGGGUCCAGCGAAGGUCAGGAGAGUGAUGGAGCACUUGCGGACAGAUGUGGUGAAAGCACUCGGUGUGAAGCUGUUGGACAGAGUCCUGGAUGUCAUGCAGGAAGAGGAUGAAGUUAAGAGAGAGCAUUUACUGCAUGAGCAAAUGGGGGAGGAGAAAUACAAGCGGUACGCGGUAAAAGUGCGACAGCUGAAGUUCUUUGAGGACGUCGCGUUCAAAGAUUGAGCCAGAUCAGAUACGCAUGAGGAUCGCUAGCGAAACACCGAUGGUGGGCACUUCACUGAAGCCUCCUAUCAACAAUCACUGUUACUUUUGUAAAUGUGUAGUGAUAAAACUGAGCUUAACACUAGAUCUGCAACAAAGCUAUGUUAUUAUGCACCUUUAAA